CGUGGCGGGGGGACAUUCCCGUUCAGAACAUGGAGGGGGCGGAGGGGCCUCGUCGCGCUCUGGCUCCGUCGAGAUGAGAAUGGUGUGCCACUCGGUAGAGAGCAGCACCGAAAAGGAAGAGAUGAUUGUCGCCCAUGUCACAACCGGAUGUCAGAGUGGUUAUGUUUGUAUGGUUUUCUACAAGAGAGAUGGCCAUGUCAUUGAGCUUCAACAGUCUAAUUCGUUGGCUCGUGUUCCGGAAGAUGCUUGUGACUUUCCAAGUUUCAACAUACUUAAACUGCCUUACAUUACACUCAUCACUGCAAAACCGCAUUUACGCCCUUGUCCGUAUCUGGGCCGUUACAUUGUGACGGGCCUGUCCCAAGGAAGGCAUUUUAGGCCGAGUGGUGGCACCCCUGUUGUCUCUGACACUGAGACAGCUGUAACUCAGUGCAAUGACCUACAGUUCCAGAGCUUGACUGUAGGGUGUUCUGAAGUGAACACCAUGCAGUUUCAUUCUUCUUGCAGUGUUGCUGAAACAUCUACAUACUCUUGUCAUGGAAGUUGGGAAGAUAACGGCACAAACUAUUUAAUUGCAUCUCCAACAAGCCGAAAAUCUGUAGGAGCUCGUCGAUAUUGCUUUAUAUAUAUGGCAACAGAUACCUCAGCUUCUUCUGGUGGGGAAGAUGGAGGAGGAGGCAGUCCCCUGCAGGUCGCAAGUGUUGCAGAGAGCUGUAAGCGAAAUAUUAAUCCAGCAUCCUCAGCUGAAUGGGCCUUCAACCUCACUCUAAAUGGACAGUGCGAUGAAAAAUCACUCGCAGCUGGCACAGCAACAUCGCUACUUCCUAUUGUAGUAUUUGUAGGAAUUUUCAUGAUCAUGCUCAACUCCAGAUGAUGCUAGAUUUGGUACAUAACCAUUCAGUAUUCUAAUUUUUAGGGAAAGUUUAAAUUUUGUAACAAAAAUGCUGAAAUAUUGGACAAAUUUAUUCCAAAAUGGAAGUGAUAAAAUACUGACUGUAUUGCUGUAAGAAGUGGAAAACUAAAAGAGUUAGUGCCUACCUUGUGAAUUUAUGACUGAGAUCGAAAUUCUUAGCUUAUAUCUGGUUUGUUUGCAUGCAGGGUUCUUGGAUAUGAACGGAUAAGAACUGAGGUUCCAAUCAGUUUAAUUUUGCCCAUGAAAAGUUACGUAAAGGAACAACAUAUCUGUCUUCAAAGAAAAUCUUCUUGAAGUUAAAAUCAUAACAAACUUAGAUAAAACAUUUAAAGGAGACCUGGAUGAACUUUGGUAUUUUUAAUUAUGGUUGCUUAGAUAAUUUUUGGGCGUAGCAUAGUGUUAUGAUGCUUAGCGCUGACAGUGGGAUACUGGAAAGGUGUGAAUUUGAAUAAAAUAACUAUGAUAAAGGCCUACAAGAUGAUGUCCUGACAAUUUCCUGCAGGGACUGAGGGAAAUCAUGAAAGCCUACUCAGGAAACCUAUCUCAGGACUUAUCUACUAACCUCCUGAAUGCAAUGAGAGAUGCUAGUCCUAAACCAUAAAUUUUAGUUCUGACUGAUGAAUAAAUAUUCACUUCACAAUUUAUUCCAUACUUUGAGAGCUGAUUAAAGCAUCUGUAUGUUAGAUUAAUGAAUGUAGGUGUUUAACUGUGAUUUUUAAACUAAAAUUAGGUUCUACAUUAUUUCAUUCACCAAGUUGUGUAUUGGUGUACAUUUUUGUUUAAAAUGUUAUCUUUCAAAACUGUAACUAUCUGUUUGUGGAUUUACAUAUGCAACAUACAAGUUCACUAAAAAUUGAUAACGAUUUUUGUUCUAAUUAGAACAUAUUUACCAGAGUUCAAAUAAUGUUUGACUAAAAAAUUUUGUUCUUAUGCAUUCCAGGUUUUCUGCAAAUUUUGACAUACAGGUGUUAAUUUUUCACUAAAUGCUUAGAAAUGGUCAUAUUCUAAGACAAUGAAUUGAGUGAACUGUACAUUUGAGAACUGGUGAAAGGUAGGUUUUAUCAGUUUCUUAGGUAAAUGCCAAGUCUGAGACUUGAACUCAAAAUGUAGAGUGGAAGACAGCUGUCUUGAUAAAGUAAAAGAAAUCCUUAUGAGUAGUAAUUCUCUACAGAGCAUUAACUUUUAUAUAAAUUGAAUGAUAAUAGUUAUUCAAAAAAAGACGAGCUCAGCGUUUUUUAUUAUGGAGCAUAUAUUAUUAGAUACAAAUACAGAACAACAGCUAAAAUAAUAGCUCUUAAGGUUUGAAGUGUUUGAGGAAAUUUUGUCUCCAUGACCUGUUUCAAAAGGAGUAAUUUUUAUCACCUAUAACAAACAGAUACUAUUAACCUGUCUUAGUACUUUGCACACCUGUAAGCUACUAUAUGAAUUUUGAAAUAAAUUAUCACUGCAAAACAAACUGAUUGGACCCUUGGUUAUAAAAUAUGACAGAUAUAUUAUUGCAGAGAUUUGAAACAAUGUAGAAGUGACACAUGUAAUGGGUUCUGUCCAGAAUCCAAGUGAAUAUUUUUAUACGGGAAUAAACAUAGCCUGUAGGUAAAACUAAUUGGCCAAAAAAGUAAUUAGUUUCCAGUUGAGUAAAUAUAGAGCCUAUUAAUAAUAUUAAUUACACAUACUCUCAAAACACAGUCAUCUUAAUUGAAGAUUAGUGGGCGGUGCUAAAGUUAUAAGAUACAUAAAUUAUACAACAUUGUAUUUAGUCGAUAACAGAUGGUAUCUAAAUAAAAAGUAAUUUAUGGUAAGGUUUUAUUUCGCCUUGUGAAUUGUUGCAUCACAUUUAUACAUGUAUUUAAAGAAGGCUGAAUUUAUAUUAAUUUUUAAUUUAAAUGACAACUACAUGAAUAAAUUUUCAGUCAUUGCAUGUAUCAGUGGUGUUCGCUGUAUGGCUAUAAUUGCGUAAUGACUGAAAAAUCUUUGUUAUGUUCACAUUUUUAGCAGAAAUUGAGAAAAUUGGACAGUGAGGGACUUAAUAGCUCUUGUAGCUACUAAUAUUAGGCUGUCACGAGAUAAAGAAAAGAUGUAAGAGAUUCAGAAUCAAACCUGUGGUUGUGAGGUUUAUGCCCUUGAGUAAAUGAGCUACUGAAGUAAAUUGCAGCAUAGAUGGCAGUUCCUCAUGACGAGAAUAAAAGCUUAACUUCACUGAUAAACUUACGGUAGAAAUUUUAAUCUUGAAAAUCCUGACAAGGCAAUUGAUUCAUAGAUACGAUAUUAUAAAUUCCUUGUCCAGACUACUUAUAUUCAUUCCUAGUUGAGUGUCGGCAUUUGAAACUGUUUAAAAUAUUAUGUCUGUCAAAUUAUAACAGAGGGAAAGGUAUGAGGUUUGCAGUUUUAUAUGGAAAACUACUUCAAAAAUUACAAACUGUAUGUAAUAUUUUAAGUUUCUCUACAAAGUGAUCCAGAAAGUUGUUCCCAGAAAUAAUUUGUUCCACCAUCAUCACAGAAAUUUAAGACAUGGAAACUUAACUUUUUUCAGUCUUAUGAAUUUAUCUUUACUAGCAGAUUAUGAAAAGUCUAACAACGGGGAAGUGUAAACAAUGUCAACUACUUUAUACCCCAUGUAGGUAAGAUGAACAUGUUAAGGAGAACACAUCUUUCUUGUGAUGCCUUCAACUUGAAAGAGAAAUAUCAUUACGAUAGUGCAUCUCCAUUCUGGUUCAUUGUUAUUUAUAAUUACUCUCAUAUACCACUAGCUGUAACUUAUAUGACGGAUGAUGACCAUCUAAAUGCCAGAAAAUAAAACAUAAAAUGGUGUUGUUAUGCAUGCUUUCCUUGUCAAACCAUUACUACAUAAAAUCUUUCAAAACAUGUAAUUACAGUCCUCCCCCACAAGAGAACUUCCAUAUGUGUGAUUCAUCAAAUGAUGUUUAAUGUCCCUUUUGAUAUUACAAGUGAAGUUAAACUUCACUGUCAAAGUGUUAGUACUGUUACGUGCAUGCAUUCAUGUGCAGAUAUGUGGUAAAAGUAUUUGUCUGAAGUUUAAUUUAAGAAAAUGUGGACAUGCUGGAAAGUGCACUAAACUGCCGUCAAGUGCGGAGUAUGUGAUGCUCUGACUUGCACUCCUCACUCUUUUGUAAGGUCUAGAAAUGCUGUUAUUCUGCCAGAAGUCUUAAUUAUGGUUCUCAGUUAAUUCUGUUGUCACAUUGCACAGAUACAUUCAUGUGAUUACUUGUGUGUGCUUGCGCACACACAGAGAAUAACACAUUUUACUUUUUCAACAUGUUCAUUUUCCCUUAAGGAAAGGAGUUGCCCAGUUAAAUCAGUGAGCAGAUAUCGAAUAUUAAAAUCUAUGACAAGAAGAAAUUGCUAUAUUUUGCAGAGGGCUCAUUUAAGGAAGGAAUUGGACAGAUAUGGCCUUAUUUAUGGUAUGAUGAUCUUAAUUUUUUCCUUGAUACUACUUAGUGAAUUUAAAAAAACAUAAAUAAAAAAUGAACAACAUUGCUUAACUUUAGUCUGUACCUCUAAAAUUCAAAGUAAAACUGGGCUACAGUAUUUGGUAUGAAACAGAUUGUCUGUCGCUGUCAGUUAUCUUGACGUGACUGUUGUAUUAACAGUACAUUGUAAAAUUCAGUCUAAAAGUGAAGGAUUCAA